UUUCUGGAAGGAGGAACGGCCCAAGCAAAAGCAUGGAGGCAUGAAAUUGCAGGAAGGAAAAUGGAAGAAUCAGCUAUGUCUAGAAGGGCAAGGUCAUGAGAAACCUGGAAGGGGAGAAGCCAUCAUGUCCUCAAAAACUUCAGCAGAGCCCUGGUCCCUCUUCCACAAUGUGGCUUCUCCUCAUCUUCUCCUUCCUGCUCACAUCUGCAGGGGCCCAAGACAACAACAGCAAGAUGCUGGGAGACGAGGAGUGUGUGCCCCAUUCCCAACCGUGGCAAGUGGCCCUCUUCGAACAUGGACGCUUUAACUGCGGUGCUUCCCUCAUCGCUCCAGGCUGGGUGCUGUCUGCAGCCCACUGCCAAACCCGUAACAUGAGAGUGCGGCUGGGGGAGCACAAUCUGCGCAAGCACGACGGCCCAGAGCAACUGAGGGCUGUUUCUCGAAUCAUCCCUCAUCCGCACUAUGAAGCACACAGCCACCGCCACGACGUCAUGUUGGUGCGUCUGACCCGGCCCGCGCGCCUCUCCCGUCAAGUGCGCCCCGUGGCGCUGCCCACCCGUUGCCCCCAGCCCGGUGAGACCUGUGUGGUGUCUGGCUGGGGCCUGGUAUCUGACAACGCUGGAAACACAGGAAGCCCAAUGUCACAAGUGUAUCUCCCAGAUACGUUGCAUUGCGCCAACAUCAGCAUUAUCUCGGCCUCAUCGUGUAACCAGGACUACCCAGGCCAUCUGAUGAGCACCAUGGUGUGUGCAGGCGUGGAAGGCGGAGGCACCGACUCCUGUGAGGGAGACUCCGGGGGACCCCUGGUGUGUGGGGGCAUCCUGCAGGGCAUUGUGUCCUGGGGUGAUGUCCCCUGUGACACUACUACCAAGCCUGGUGUCUACACCAAAGUCUGCAGCUACUUGGACUGGAUCAGGGAUACCAUGAAGAGAAACUGACUCUUUUGGCCUGUCACCUGUGUCUCUGACUGAGCAGAAGCUCCCACGGCUGCUCCAUUCUAACCUGGGACGGAACUGAGUCAUCCCUCAAGACACCGUUUGUCCAAGGCCCAGAUGUUAGCCAAGGACGUGCCCCGUCUGAGGCUAGAGCUGGUGCUCAAAGUCAGCCUGUUUAACACCAAGAGAACAGAGAGCACUGAUGCAAGUUUCUCUGUAAAAGUUUCUGUAACCUUCUUCUGGGAUGAAGGAAAAUGGGCACCAGGGACGGGGUGGGGAAU